AUGGUGGGCUUCGGGGCCAACCGGAGGGGCGGCCGUCUGCCUUCCCUUGUCUUCGUGGCGCUGCUGGUGGUGAUCGCCAUCCUCGCCUUCAACUGCUGGAACGCCUCGUCCCGCCAGGCCCUGCUGCAGGAGGAGGUGGCGGAGCUGCAGAGCCAGGCCAAGCGCACCGAGGUGGCCCGGGGGCGCCUGGAGAAGAGGAACUCGGACCUGAUGGGCAAGGUCGACUCCCACAAGAAGCAGCUGGAGCAGAAGGAGGCCGACUACAGCCACCUCAGCAGCCAGCUGCAGGCCAGGGACGGCCAGGUGAAGAAGUGCGAGGACAGCAAGAUUAAGCUGCAGAACAACAUAUCAUACCAAAUGGCAGACAUAAAUCGUUUAAAAGAGCAACUAGCAGAAUUACGUCAGGAAUUCAUUCGCCAGGAAGAUCAGCUUCACGAGUACAAGAAGAACAAUACUUACCUUACAAGGAGAUUGGAAUAUGAUAGUCUGCAGUGUGGGCAGCAGAUCAAGGAAAUGAGACUGCAACAUGAAGAAAACAUAAAGAAAUUAAUGGACCAAGUUGUGCGGGAACAAAAGGCCACACAAAAAAUUCAGUCCAGUAAAGACACUGAAGUAAGUCCCAAUAAUGAUGACCAGACAAUAUCUAAGACUGUUCCAGAGGCAGAAAACACAGUAAAGAAUGAGCAGCCUUCAGAUCGUGUUGUAAAUGGCAAAGAGAAAAUCAAACCAGGAGGAGAUGCAGGCAUGCCUGAAAUAGAAGAUAAUGGUCCUUCUAAAGCUGAAGAUACUCCCACUGCUUUAAAGAAGCCACUUAUUUCAGCUCCUAAAAGUGAAGGUCAUCAACCUGUUAUAAAUCUUCCAACUGAACAGCCUCAUGUUGCGAAUCUGGCACCAGGUUUGCACAGUGACAAUGACGGAAAUGCUGAUAUUGUGAAGCAGAUACCUCCAAAUUCUCUCCAGCACUUAAAUUUUGAAGAAAAUAUGGAAAAUCAGAAAGAACACAAAAUUGAAACAGACCAUAUAAAAAUUCCAAAGAGCAGAGUUAAUGACUUGCAGAAGAUGAAGCAAAGCCGAUUCUUUGAUGAGAAUGAAUCCCCUGUUGAUCCGCAGCAGGGUUCUAAACUGGCAGAUUAUAAUGGGGAUGAUGGUAACGUGGGUGAGUAUGAGGCAGACAAACAGGCUGAGCUGGCUUACAAUGAGGAAGAGGAUGGUGAUGGUGGAGAAGAAGACGUCCAAGAUGAUGAAGAAAGAGAUCUACAAAAUGACCUUGUUGAUUAUGGCAAGCCACGCUUCAGUGACGGUGUUCUUUAAGGCUGGAAUUAAGCAGGAAAUGUAGAUGAGAAGAGAUCUCCACUGAGGAACUUGAAGUGCUGCAAAACUGAACCAUUUUUACUUCAGUGUUUCUUACUUUAAAGGAAGCUGAUAAUUUAAGUGAUGAGUAGACUCAAAGUCAGCGAAGUAACAGAAGGAAACAGUUCUGUACAUAUGUACAUAGUUGUACUAUUGCAAAUUGUAUUAAAACUACAUUUUUGUUGUUACAUUGAGCCAAUUACUUAGACUGUACCUUAUCUGUAAUAAUCUUUACAUUUAAAACCGAUAUUAUAAAUACCGGGCUGAAUUGUUUCUGCAAUUUGGAAAACUUUGUAAACUGGAGAACUUGUACAGUUUGUAUCUCAUCUAACAAAUACACUGUGGAAACAAUGUACAGCCAAUGGACUCCUUUUCUACAGUAAUACCUGUAUGAGCAAAAAUACUCCUGCUUUUCACGAGUGCUGUGUUUUUGUAUUUUGCAGGUGAGCUAUCAGUUGAGAAUGAAAACUGAAUGUUUAAAAAAUUGCUCCUUCCUUAAUGUAACUGAGGAAAGGCUAUGACAGUCUUCGGAAGCAAGUACUGUUUUAAUUCUCGUAUACAAUGACCAAAUCUUGUAGCUAGAGCUGGAAAUCGGUGAUAUUAGAAUUUUAAUAAUUUGAUACAUCCUGAAGAAGUUGUGUAACUAAUAGCUUAUUUUAAAAGGUAAUAUAAAUAAUUCAGCACAGCUUGUAGGAAAUAUUUGUGUAUGUGUUAAAGAGAGCAAGUGUGUUAGUGAGAAACAGACAAGUCUACAUCAGCUUUGUAGGAACCUUAACGGAAGGAACAACCCUUACCCUCGGUAAAUACAUCGUAUACACUGUUUCACUGUCUCAAGAGCAUCCAUCCUGUGUUGCAGUCACUCCAGUUAAUUUACAAUUUAAUACUUUGAUACAGAUCUCUAAACAUCUGCCACGUUCCACGUUUUGAUUUUCUAUAUCGGAAGGUUUGUAAGUUAGAUACUUUUUGUAUUCUGUGUUUAAGCACUUUCUUAAUUUUAUGGAAAUGAUUCUGUUGAUCUACAGUAGUGAAAAUUAAGGUUAUUAACCCAACCUGCUUCUCCAAAAGGGCUACUGUGAAAAGAAAUUAUAGGGCCUAUGACAUGGGUGAUUGUACUUUAUCUCUGUACUCAGGUUCCAAUUUGAAGUAACAGUUAAGGUUUGCUCGAUGCCAGUUCAGUGAACCUUUUAAAUAAAUUUCAACGGUCAUACAAUUUUUUUCUUUUUUUUGGCUACAGGUGUCUUCUACCAAUCAGUCUUAAAUAUACAAGAAAUAAAAACUUCCGAUUCUGGUGAUGCAUCUCAAGGGUGUGGGUUUUUUUUGUUUAAGGCUUGAGCUCUUCAUUCCAUACUUCUGGGAGGCAGAUGGGGGGGAAUAGCCCUUUGCAUGGUGUGAUGUACUUUCAGUUGAAAAUAAGAUGUUGAACCUGCUCAGAAUUAGAUACCAUACUAAUACCACACAAUAAGUAUAAACUUGUACCAGGACUCUAAGAAUAGCAGUCUUCAGUAAAUACUGUAUUUAAGUACUACAAUUUUUUGUUUGUCUCAAAAUGUAAUUUCACCCAAAUUAGGUGUUAACUUGAUUCUUCUAAUGAAAGCAACAUUUAUGGGUUCUAAUAAAUUAAGUUGUUUAAAGU